UGUGUGCAGACAGCCCAGCAAGCAACAUGUUCAAGCAGGUGAUCGUCGUGCUGGCCGUGGUAGCCGCCUGCUUGGCCGCCCCCGGACCCAAGCCGGCCCCCGGCCUGCUGGCCAGCUACGUGGCCGCCGCCCCCGUCGCCUACACCGCCCACGCAGUCGCCGCCCCCGUCGCCUACACCGCAGCCGCCGCCCCUGUGGCGUACGCCGCUCCGUACUCGGCUGCCUACGUAGCCCCGUACCCAGCAGCCUACAGGGCAGCUAUCCUCGGAUGAACACCACGUACACUUGUCUGCCCUUGAAGGCUUCUGUCUUGGGAUGACGAUACGCACUACAAGACCUACGAAUGUAUGCUGGCUGAGUGAAUAAAGGACUUGAAACAUA